AUGAUUCUUGGCCAGACCACAGCAGAGGCAUUGAAAGAGGCAGAGGCUAAUGACAACAUCACCAUCUUCACACGGAUACUGGACGGACUGCUGGACGGCUACGACAACAGACUCAGACCAGGACUUGGAGAAAAGGUCACGGAGAUCAAAACCAAUAUAUUUGUCACAAGCUUUGGCCCAGUUUCAGAUACUGAAAUGGAGUACACCAUUGAUGUGUUUUUCCGACAAAGCUGGAAAGAUGAGCGCCUGUGUUUCAAAGGACCCAUGGAGAUGCUGCCUCUGAACAACCUCCUGGCCAGUAACAUCUGGACCCCAGACACAUUCUUCCUCAACGGGAAAAAGUCUAUCGCCCACAACAUGACCACACCGAACAAGCUACUGAGACUGAAGGAUGACGGGACGCUGCUCUACACUAUGAGGUUAACCAUAUCGGCAGAGUGUCCCAUGCAGUUGGAGGACUUCCCAAUGGAUGCUCAUGCUUGCCCUUUGAAGUUUGGAAGCUAUGCCUAUCCAGUCUCUGAGGUGGUGUACCUCUGGCAAACCGGUGCUGCCAAGUCUGUAGUGGUGGCAGAAGAUGGAUCCCGUCUCAACCAGUACCACCUGAUUGGCCAGACUGCAGGUUCUGAGGACAUCUACACAAGUCGAGGACAGUACACAGUCAUGAUGUGUCACUUCUACCUGAAGAGGAAGAUUGGUUACUUUGUUAUUCAGACCUACAUGCCCUGCUUCAUGACCGUGAUCCUGUCCCAGGUGUCCUUCUGGCUCAACCGUGAAUCUGUACCAGCCAGGACCGUUUUUGGUGUCACUACAGUGCUGACUAUGACUACUCUCAGUAUCAGCGCUCGCAACUCGCUGCCUAAGGUGGCCUACGCCACAGCCAUGGAUUGGUUCAUCGCUGUGUGCUAUGCGUUCGUCUUCUCCGCGCUUAUCGAGUUUGCCACCGUCAACUAUUUCACCAAGAGGAGCUGGGCGUGGGAUGGCAAGAAGGCCAUGGAGGCUCAGCACCCAAAGAAAAGGGACCCUAUGGUGCUUUCUAAGAAGCCCAACAACGUCUGUACAGCAGGAGUGAACUACACCCCCAACAUCACUAAGGAUAUCUCUAUCUCCACCAUCUCCAACAGCACCUCCAUACAACUAAGAUCGUCUGAAACAGAAGUCCUGGACCCCAAGAAAACCUACAACAGCGUGAGCAAAAUCGACAAAAUGUCCCGGAUAGUUUUCCCUGUCCUAUUUGGAACCUUUAACCUAGUGUACUGGGCUACUUACCUCAACAGAGAACCGGUCAUCAAAGGAGUCAACAUAUUGGCUCCAACAUAGUGUCUUUGUCAAACACACGACCCUACCUUCAACCGUAUUGGCCUACAAGCUGCUGAAGAAAAUGAUACUGUGUCACAAAGGAUGGGAGAUGGGUUCUGUCUUUCUCAUACUGUCAUUUGCAUGAAGCUUUUUAGAGAGAUACUCUGCCCAUGUUUGCCUUGAUAUUCCCUCUUUAUACCUACUGUACAUUGCUUUAAUUCAACAAUGACAUUUUGAAAGUGAAAAUCAAUGGCAUUUUGAAAGUGAAACUCGACAAGGACCUUUUGAAAUGUUGCAGUGUGGACAUUUGUCCUGGCCUCAAAUGAAUUGAAAACGGUCAUGGCAUUUAUGUUUUUGUUUAUAACCCUGUCAUCUUGAAGAAUAGGAGACUGAGAAACACAUGCUGUGUUAGUAGUAUGAAGUAAGAUAGCGGAAGCUAGGAUGUUACGGAAAGUGGUGAAUAAUGAUUUUCAGUGUCAUUUCCAGUCAAUUUGUGAAGUUUGUAUAAUGCUGCGGACAAAUCUCUCUUAUCUCUAUUGGAUACAUACGUUGUUAUACUUUUGUCAUUUUUGCCCAUCUCACAUGUACUGUUUGUACAAUUUAAAAUGUUACUAUUUCUUACCUCUAUCUAUAUAAUGCACAGAUUAAUAAUUUUUGACAAACGUGGGUCUAACUGUGGAGACAGAGGCCAAAUAAGCUAGCAAGAUACAACGCUGUGAUGUAAUUGAUGAUACAGUCUAAUCAACCUAGGUGAAAGUGCACAGUCGGAACAUUCUAAUCAUUACCAAGUUAUAAAAUGGUUGGUUGAUUAGGUCUGACUUUUUCCAUCGCAAUGAAAGUGUUUUCCCUAAGCUCGAGGGAGAGGGUGCCUACUUUGAAGUAUUGAGCUGCCCUUUGGUGUGAAAGGUUGAACUCGUGUACUGUAACAGGAUACGUUUUCCUUAGGCAUCAAAUGGGGGGGGAAACAGACUGAAACAGGAAGGGACUUCCUGGAUUUGUCCAGUAAGAAACACUUAUUUUAAUUUACUGUUUCAAAACAUUUUGCUACCAUUUGCCCUACUGAACACAGCCCUCCUACACUGCUGUCCUAUCCUCAUUGUGUCAUGACCAGAUUGGCCCCAGUCCCUGAAGUCCGCUAGGAUCUAAUUAGUCUGGGAUAAUGAGCUUGUACCUGUUAAACACUAUCUGAUAUGGCCCCUGGAGAGAGAACCAACCACAUGGGGACGACCACCCACCCUCACCCCAGGCCCAGAGCUCUUUGUUCAGGGUACGGGAAGGAGAGCAUGUGGGUAUGGCUCUGGGGCAUGGUGCCUCUGUGGUAACACCUACUUUCUUGUUACAGACUCAAGAGACUGAGAGACGGUAUCUUUUUUUUUUUGAAAGAGAGAAAGAAGAAUAAUGGAUGAAACAAGAAAGAAUAAGUUUGUGCUUCAAGGUCUCUGUACUGGGAACAAAAAAAGAAUCCCUACUUCAGUAAAAGAUGGAGAUACAGCCUAUAUGUAACAAGCUGUUGCUUAGAAUCAUAUAAACUCGGCGACACAGCGUGUACAGAGAGAGGAUAGAUGGAUAAUUAUGGAUAUGAUAUUGGUGACGGAUGGAUAAUUUAAAUGUCACUGACGUUACAGUUCUCAUUAAAGUAUCAUGUUGUAGAUAACGCAAUAACUACAUGUAUUAUUAUUAUUAUUAUUUUAUAUUCAGAUCUCCUAGGCAACAAAGACAUUCUUUGUGUAUAUAGAGACAGUGACUAAAAUACUUCUUUAUUUGUAUGUCUCUAUGUGACAUCUUGUGUUAAAGGAAUAAUCCACA